AUGCCCGGCGCAUUCUCAACAGACACGCUGGUAGACGAUAUCGCCAGCGGUUCUCCGCUCGACCCCUCAGACAAAAUGCCAGCAAACAGUUCCCUCUCCGAGCCGGAACUCGAGCCCAAACCAGAAAUCCCCAAGCUCGCCUCCCCGUCACCCUCGUCUGCUUCCAAAGAAACCGUUCACUUAAUCAAACGCUCCACCCUCUUCGGCCCACGCCUACACCUCCAGCGCCAACAACAAUUUCGUAACUCCCUCCUCGCAAGCGUCGGCUACCUCGAGCUAGCCAACGCCGCCGACUUCGCUGCUAACGUAUGGAACGAGAUCCCCGUCCCGCGCUUCGCGGCCGUUUUAAUGGGCAUAGGCGGCACAAUCGCACUCGCAAUGACCAGCGUCGCGGUGCAAGACUUCCGCCUGAGUUGGCGAAAUGUAAAGCUCCUCCGCUCCGAACGAAGGGGACUACAACACCUUUCCUCGCAAGCUGACGGCCUCGAGGCCCGGAUUCUGAGCGCCCGUCUCGGCGUCGAAAUAAGGGAACUCGGCACCGAGAUCGUCGACAGGCUCGCCAUGGAUCUGCUUAUGGGCAUUGGAUCCGUGCUUGUUGGCGUUGGCACGCUAAUGGCCAUUGGCGGCGCGGAUCCGAAGGUCUACAAGGCAUCGAAUCUGCUGUCCGGGUACAUCGGGAACGCGGUAGCGGCUGCGUUCGGAGUGAUCAACGCGGUGUGGUCUGUGUAUCUCCUCGUGCGGUUCUACAAGCAUGAAGUCGCGGUGAAAAGGAGCCGUGUGGAUCCCGCGAUAAAGGAAAGGAUAUGCACGCGGUUCCGACGGUUCGGAGGGCAUGCGUUCUUGAAUGGGAUAACCGGGUUAGUAGCCGGUGCCGGGUCACUAGUUACGGCGACGCGUUGGUGGGGGUAUGUUGUGUUGUUGCCGUGUAUCAUUUCAUUGAUUUUCUGCAACUAUUUCUGGCGCAGGCGGCUUGGGUACGACAGGCCUGUUUUUGGACCGGGGGAGGAUACGGAGUCCUUGACUCAAAGCCUCGAGUACGUACUCGCAAUGCAGGGGAUGCUGGGAUCUAGGGACGUGGAGAGUGGACUGCACGCUGCCCCGAUGCAGGGAGACCAGAGCGGGUCUCUGGAGGACAUCCUGCGGCUGAUCGAGGAAAAUCGAAUGCUGGAGAGGUAUGUGGAGUCUCUAGUGCGGGAAAAGGAGACGCGAAGGCUACUGCUGGAAGCGUUGCCCGUGGAUGAGGCAGGGCAUAUGAGCGUUUCGGUAGAAGACAUGGGGCGCUUUUUGUCGGGGCCGCAUGUUCCAACAAUGUUGAGCCACGCACGCCGGUUCUUGCGCGUGGAAGGUGUGGAUAUCUUCGUGCACCGGGAGAGAUACCUGUUGGAGCUCCUGGGGUAUGCUAUCUGGAUGAGCCAGGCAGACAUACAGGAGGCUGCUUUCGAACUCAAUGAAAUUAACUGUGAAGGAUAG